AGUUUGGGGGGCUCCAUCGGAUUCAUCGAGCGACCAGCGAGGGUUCAUGCGAAGAUCUCGAGCGACAUGGAAAGCAUACGGAAGGCUGUGCGCGACAUCGCGAAGGACGUGAAGUUGAGCACCUCGCCUUCGCCGUCUUCGUCUGGAAGUGCGCAUUUCGGGGGAGAAGGAAGAGCUCCCGGAGUCGGGGUUGCUCUGUCUGCUCCGGAGCAUCCGCCUGUUCUGUUCACCAGGAAUCCUCGGGGGGUGGUAUCCUUGUGGACUUGCUCGAAGUUCUGUGCAAUUUCCCUUGUUGCUGGCAUUUUUUUGGGCUACACUUUAAAGCGCCGGGUCAGAGGCUGGGUUUCAAAGCUCCUCAAGAGAUUGAAAGAUGAUUGAUGCUGCUCAAUUCUUGGUCAAAUGUUCUCUGUCAUGCGUGAAUCUGGUGCCGACUUGGAGGUUCAUCUCGGAGCGAAAUCUGUUGUGACAUAUGACAUAUACAAGCUCCUUUGCUGCCUUGAAUUACCUCAUAGAUUACCCGAAUAUACUUUCCACUUCCUUGUGCGAUACCUUAUCUCUCAUCUGUGGGAAUAAUUCUCCUCUCUU